AUGCUUCAACCUAAUAAUCUCCUUAUUCCUUCAAUCACCUUCAUCUUUUGGUCAUCGUGGACGCUUAUUAACGGCGCCGUUUCGGAGCCACAGGCCAAUCUUCUAAGCACAGGCUGCUCUCCAUCUAUUGACCAAUUCGUUGUGACCAACUUCUCCAUCUUCAGUGAAAACGUCAACAGAACGUUCCGACACAUCAGAGAGCAGAUUUCGAAUAACAGUAAGCACUUUGCGACGGCGCAGCGACCCAGCGUAGAAAACUCCGUUUUCGCUCUUUUUCAGUGCAGAAACUACAUCUCCAUUCAUGACUGUGUUGUCUGCUUCGACGCCGCCGCCAAACAAGUCCACAAAUGCGCUGCCGGAACACAAGGUGGCCGCGCCGUCUACGACGGCUGCUUCCUCAGGUACAACUAG